CAUUUCCGGUUUCGGGGAGGUGGGUGGUGUGCGGAGCGCGACUGGAGCUGCCGCCGCCUGGGCUGCCGCCUACAGAACCUGCCUUGCGCCUGGUGCUGUCGGGACGAUGCGGCCGGGGCCCGGAGGCUGCUGCUGCCGUCGCCCGGUGAGGGCGAACGGCUGCGUGGCGAACGGGGAAGUGAGGAACGGGUACGUGAGGAGCAGCGCUGCUGUCGCCGCAGCCGCCGCCGGCCAGAUCCAUCAUGUUACACAAAAUGGAGGACUUUACAAAAGACCAUUUAAUGAAGCUUUUGAAGAAACACCAAUGCUGGUUGCUGUGCUUACUUAUGUGGGGUAUGGUGUACUCACUCUCUUUGGAUAUCUUCGAGAUUUCUUGAGGCAUUGGAGAAUUGAAAAGUGUCAUCAUGCAACAGAAAGAAAAGAACAACAGGACUUUGUGUCAUUGUAUCAGGAUUUUGAAAACUUCUAUACAAGGAACCUCUACAUGAGGAUUAGAGACAACUGGAAUCGACCGAUCUGCAGUGUGCCUGGAGCCAGGGUGGACAUCAUGGAGAGGCAGUCUCAUGAUUACAACUGGUCCUUCAAGUACACAGGGAAUAUAAUUAAAGGCGUUAUAAACAUGGGUUCCUACAACUAUCUUGGCUUUGCACGGAAUACAGGAUCAUGUCAAGAAGCAGCUGCCAAAGUCCUAGAGGAGUAUGGAGUCGGAGUGUGUAGCACUCGGCAGGAAAUCGGAAACCUGGAUAAGCAUGAAGAGCUAGAAAAGCUUGUGGCAAGUUUCUUGGGAGUAGAAGCUGCUAUGGCAUAUGGCAUGGGAUUUGCAACAAAUUCAAUGAACAUUCCUGCUCUUGUUGGCAAAGGUUGCCUGAUUCUGAGUGAUGAACUGAACCAUGCUUCACUGGUUCUAGGAGCCAGACUCUCAGGAGCAACCAUUCGAAUCUUCAAACACAACAAUAUGCAAAGCCUGGAGAAGCUGUUGAAAGAUGCCAUUGUUUAUGGUCAGCCUCGGACACGAAGGCCCUGGAAGAAAAUUCUAAUCCUUGUGGAGGGAAUAUAUAGCAUGGAGGGAUCUAUUGUUCGCCUUCCUGAAGUGAUUGCCCUUAAGAAGAAAUACAAGGCAUACUUAUAUCUAGAUGAAGCUCACAGCAUUGGGGCUCUGGGCCCUAGAGGUCGAGGUGUGGUGGAUUACUUUGGCCUGGAUCCUGAGGAUGUGGACGUUAUGAUGGGCACAUUCACAAAGAGCUUUGGUGCUUCUGGAGGAUACAUUGGAGGCAAGAAGGAGCUGAUAGACUAUCUGCGGACACAUUCUCACAGUGCUGUGUAUGCCACGUCACUGUCACCACCUGUCGUGGAACAGAUUGUCACCUCUAUGAAGUGCAUCAUGGGGCAGGAUGGCACGACCCUUGGCAAAGAGUGUAUCCAGCAGUUAGCUGAAAACACGAAGUAUUUUAGGAGACGUCUGAAAGAGAUGGGCUUCAUCAUCUAUGGGAAUGAAGACUCUCCAGUGGUGCCUUUGAUGCUCUACAUGCCGGCCAAAAUAGGUGCCUUUGGACGGGAGAUGCUGAAGCGGAAUAUCGGUGUAGUUGUGGUGGGAUUUCCUGCUACUCCAAUUAUUGAGUCCAGAGCCCGGUUUUGCCUGUCAGCAGCUCAUACCAAAGAAAUACUUGAUACCGCUUUAAAGGAGAUAGAUGAAGUUGGGGACCUGUUGCAACUCAAGUAUUCCCGUCAUCGGUUGGUGCCUCUACUGGACAGGCCCUUUGACGAGACUACCUAUGAAGAAACAGAAGACUGAGCCUUUUUGGUGCUCCCUUGGAGGAACUCUUCCUCCCCCAGGACAGUGUGUGGCCUUUCUGAGCCAGUUCCAGGAACCAUACUUCUGUGGCCAUCUCACGCGAGAGACAUUUCCUCAACUACUGACGGUGGCCACCUUGUUCUAAAUGGCAUUUUGUAAAUAGUAAAAAAACUGCUUCACAUUCUUCCUUUGCUACAUUUCACCUUUAAGAAAAGAGGUGACCUCACUCUACUUUUUUGUCCAUUAAAAAUAUUUUAUUUUAUAACUCUUCUUCUUAUGAAAUCCCGCUGACCCUAGCCUGGCUCCGGCUAACCACACAGGCCGUUACCAUCUCCCCGCCGCCUACAGACUUGGCCCAUCCAAAGCUCCUGCUGGCCCCGGCACUGCAGCUUCGAGACUCACCCAGCCCUUCUCCCCAGGGAGCAAGUGCCUUCCGCUUACUUCCAAUCCAGGUCUCAGAGGCCGCCAACCUUGGAAUCCUUACUGAACCAGUCAAGUAUUCAACCUAAGUGGUCUCCCUUUCGGUCUGAGGUUCAGCUGUUUAAGGAAAACCAUAAACACUAACAUGGCUAAAAACUGCCCCUCGUCAUGUAACUCCCCCUGGCCAGGAGCCUCCCAAAGUUUGGUCUUGUUCUGGUCACCAGGUGAUUUCUUCUUUCACCAUCAGAUAUUGAUGAUGGUCACUGUCUGAGGGGUAUGUCCAAUUUCUCGGUCCUUCCUAAGCUGUAAACUAACACUCCCACCUGCUAUUUAAAAUGCUUACAUUGUUGAGAAAGCACCCCCCCCCCCCCCCCCCCCGCCCGGGGCAGCCCCGUGUGGUGAGGCCGCCUGCUGCCUCUCUGUGUGUCCUGUGCGCACAGUUGCCCCGGGGGCCGGGGUCGCGGGCACAGACCUGGCAGAACGUCCAUGCUUGGUUCCUACUGCUUUCUGCCUUUCAGAAUUGUCAGCGCCUCUGCCUGGGUCUGGGUCCAGAUUAGGAUUUAAACUGAUAAAAGAAAAUGUUGGUAAA